CGCAACCCGGAUCGAGUUCGCCGUCGCCGUCGCCGUCGCCGUCGCCGUCUCCGUCGCCGUCCCCGUCACGCCUUUGCAGUUCAGAACGAAGAACUUUCAUAAUUAUCAAUGGCCGUCACAUUCUACGACCUCGGCUCAGCUGCUGGCCUCAAGAAACUCGAUGAUUAUCUCUUGACUCGCAGCUACAUUACUGGGUAUCAGGCUUCCAAGGAUGAUAUCACCGUGCACACUGGUCUUUCGAAGGCUCCAUCGGCGGAAUAUGUAAAUGUGUCUCGAUGGUACAACCACAUUGAGGCGCUUUUGAGGAUUUCUGGUGUUGCUGGAGAAGGUAGUGGCAUCAUUGUGGAGGGAUCUGCUUCCAUCAGCAAGGGGGCAGUUGCUACCCCACCGGCGGGUGACUCAAAGGCCUCUGCUGCUGCUGAUGAGGAUGAUGACGACGAUGUGGAUUUGUUUGGAGAAGAGACCGAAGAGGAGAAGAAGGCUGCUGAAGAACGUGCAGCUGCCGUCAAAGCAACUGGAAAAAAGAAAGAGAGUGGCAAGUCUUCGGUUCUUUUGGAUGUGAAGCCGUGGGACGAUGAGACAGAUAUGAAGAAGCUUGAGGAGGCAGUAAGAAGUGUUCAGAUGGAGGAAUUGCAUUGGGGAGCUUCCAAACUUGCACCUGUUGGGUAUGGUAUAAAGAAAUUGCAGAUAAUGCUCACCAUUGUGGACGACCUCGUCUCUGUGGACAAUCUUAUCGAGGAACACCUCUUGCAGGAACCAAUUAACGAGCAUGUGCAGAGUUGUGACAUUGUGGCCUUCAACAAAAUAUGAUUUGAGCUCCAAAAGAUUCGAAUCAGGGUCCGGCUGGAUGAUAGAGUUCAAGGUCAUUAUCUAUUUUUGUUGUGGCUAUUGAUAUAGUUUUCUUAUUCCUCUUUUGUUUCCUUGGAAUAUAAUUCGUCUUGUCUUCAUUGUGGAUUUUGUAAGCCUAGUGAUGCGCCAUUUAGUGUUUUUUCAUGAAUGUCUCUCUAGUUUUAAGACAAUAUAUUCUUGU